ACAUUAUUCCAUCUUUAGAGAGGAGUGAUGCUGGGUUUUACCAAUGUGUGGUACGCAACCGGAUGGGAGCACUCUUGCAAAGAAAAUCUGAAGUUCAAGUUGCAUAUAUGGGAAAUUUCAUGGAUGCAGACCAGAGGAAAGCUGUAUAUCAAGGACAGGCUGCAGUUCUAAACUUGCCUCAUAUCAUAAGCUAUCCCAGACCACAAGUGACUUGGUUUAGAGAUGGGCACAAGAUUAUUCCAAGCAGCAGAAUAGCCAUAACCCUGGAGAAUCAACUGGUGAUGUUGGCAACAACUCCAAGUGAUACAGGAGGUUACUAUGUCCAGGCUGUCAACGAAAAAAAUGGAGAAAAUAAGACAAGCCCAUUCACUUAUUUGAGCAUAGAAAGUGACAUUGAUAUACCUGAUAUCAUGGCUCCUGUCAUUGUCAUCCCUCCAGGCAAUACAAGUGUAGUGGCAGGAACCAGUGAAGUCACAUUGGAAUGCAUAGCCAAUGCAAGACCUGUUGAAGAAUUGAGCAUGACUUGGAAGAGAAAUGGAGUAAAAAUUUCUAAUGGACUCCACAGUUUGGGAAGACGGCUUACAAUCACCAACCCAACAUCCUCUGACAUUGGAAUGUAUAUCUGUGAGGCUGAAUUAAGAGGAACUGACUUUGAGCCAGCAAGAACAAAAGCCUUUCUUUCCAUCAUAGAGCCUCCCUAUUUUACUGCUGAACCUGAGAGUAGAAUUCUAGCCCAAGUGGAAAAAACUGUGGACAUCUUGUGUCAAGCAAUGGGAGUCCCAGUCCCUAAUCUCGAAUGGUAUAAGGACUCUGUUCCCAUCAGCAAGCUCCAGAAUUCUCGUUAUAAAUUGCUAGUGAGUGGAGGUCUACGAAUCCAGAAGCUGCAUCCCAAUGACUCUGGUAUCUUUCAGUGCUUUGCAAGAAAUGAAGGUGGGGAAAUAGAGACACACACCUACCUGGAUGUAACUAAUAUCGCCCCAACUUUUACUCAGCGUCCAGUGGAUACCACUGUUACAGAUGGAAUGACAGCAGUGCUCACCUGUGAAGUUUCAGGAGCUCCAAAACCUGCUAUCACAUGGAGAAGAGGGAAGCAGAUUUUGGCCAGUGGCUCUGUUCAGAUUCCUAGAUUUAUCCUUCUUGAGUCUGGAGGCCUGCAGAUAACCCCAGUCUUUCUCCAGGAUGCUGGCAACUACACCUGCUAUGCAGUCAACUCUGAAGGAUCUCUAAAUGCGUUUGCCAUGCUGACUGUGUGGAAUCGUACUUUUAUUGUCUACCCUCCUGAGGACCGAAUUGUUAUUAAGGGAACUACAGCCACUCUGCACUGUGGAGCAAUUCACGACCCUAGGAUUCCUAUCAGAUACGUUUGGAAGAAGGACAACAUCAUCAUAAAUCCAGCUACAAGUUCUAGAAUUGUGGUAGAAAAAGAUGGUUCCCUUCUCAUUAGUCAGACGUGGUCAGGUGACAUUGGUGACUACACCUGCGAGGUUAUUUCUGAUGGAGGGAAUGAUUCGAGAAUGGCUCGAUUGGAAGUGAUUGAACUGCCUCAUUCACCUCAGAACCUCCUUGCUAGCCUGAAUUCUUCCCACAGCCGCACUGUGAUGCUCUCCUGGGUUCGGCCCUUUGAUGGAAACAGUCCUGUGCUUUAUUACAUUGUGGAGCUGUCUGAGAACAAUUCUCCAUGGAAGGUUCAUUUAUCUAAUGUUGAUCCAGAGAUGACUAGUGUCUCUGUCAGUGGCCUCACUCCAGCUCGUACCUACCAGUUCAGAGUAUGUGCUGUCAAUCAGGUGGGCAAGGGCCAACACAGUGCUGAAACAAGCAGACUGAUGUUACCUGAAGAACCUCCUAGUGCCCCGCCUAAAAAUAUAGUGGCCAGUGGGCGCACCAAUCAAUCUAUCAUGGUCCAGUGGCAGCCACCCCCUGAAACUGAACAUAAUGGUGUUCUCCAUGGCUACAUCCUCAGGUAUCGCUUGGCAGGCCUACCUGGCGAGUAUCAGCACAGGAACAUUACCAGCCCAGAGAUUAACUAUUGCCUGGUGAAAGACUUGAUCAUCUGGACCCAAUAUGAAAUCCAAGUGGCAGCUUAUAAUGGGGCUGGUCUGGGAACAUUUAGCAGAGCAGUUACAGAAUAUACAUUACAAGGAGUCCCCACAGCUCCCCCUCAGAAUGUGCAAACAGAAGCCCUGAACUCUACCACUAUCCAGUUCCUGUGGAACCCUCCUCCUCAGCAGUUCAUCAAUGGCAUCAACCAGGGAUACAAGCUCCUAGCAUGGCCAGUGGAUGUUCCAGAGGCUCUGAUCACUGUCACCAUUGCUCCUGAUUUCCAUGGUAUUCACCAUGGGUAUAUAACUAACUUGCAGAAAUUUACUGCUUACUACACAUCAGUUCUAUGCUUCACUACACCAGGGGAUGGCCCUUGGAGCCCACCCCAACUCAUCUGGACUCAUGAAGACAAGCCUGGAGCUGUGGGACACCUGAGUUUCACCGAGAUUCUGGACACGUCUCUCAAGGUCAGCUGGCAGGAACCUGUGGAGAAAAAUGGCAUUAUUAUAGGUUAUCAGAUUUCCUGGGAGGUGUACAGUAGAAAUGACUCUCGUCUUACACUUACUUUAAAUAACACAACCCAUGAAUAUAAAAUUAAAGGAUUGUCAUCUCUCACCACCUACACCAUUGAAGUGGCAGCUGUCACAGCAACAGGGAUUGGACUGGUGACUUCAUCCACAAUUUCUUCUGGAGUUCCACCAGAACUUCCUGGAGCCCCUUCCAAUCUGGUGAUUUCCAAUAUUAGUCCUCGAUCAGCAACACUUCAGUUCCGGCCCGGUUAUGAUGGGAAAACCUCUAUCUCCAGAUGGAUAGUAGAGGGACAGAUUGGUGCAAUAGGUGACGAUGAGGAGUGGAGCUGUCUCUAUGAAGAAGAGAAUGAGCCUGAUGCCCAGAUGUUGGAGAUACCAAACCUUACUCCCUACACUCAUUACAGGUUUAGGAUGAGGCAAGUGAACAUUGUUGGCCCCAGUCCUUUCAGUCCAUCAUCUCGUGUCAUCCAGACUUUGCAGGCCCCACCCGAUGUUGCACCUGCAAGUGUAACAGUUCGAACUGCAAGUGAGACCAGCCUAUGGCUCCGAUGGGUGCCACUCCCUGAUUCACAAUAUAAUGGCAACCCUGAAUCUGUGGGCUAUAGGAUUAAAUAUUGGCGAACUGACCUUCAGUCUUCAGUAAUGGUGCAAGUAAUCCAUGACAGAUUGGAGAGAGAAUAUACCAUUGAGGAACUGGAAGAAUGGACUGAAUAUGAGCUACAGAUGCAGGCAUUCAAUGCCAUUGGGGCAGGGCCUUGGAGUGAAGUGGUGAGAGGUCGGACUCGUGAGUCUGUUCCAUCAGCUGCUCCUGAAAAUGUGUCUGUUGAGGCUGUAAGCUCCACUCAGAUUUUAUUGACAUGGGCUUCUGUACCUGAUCAAGACCAGAAUGGACUCAUACUGGGUUAUAAGAUUCUAUUCAAGGCCAAAAAUUUGGACCCCGAACCCAAAACCCACAUAGUGAGAGGGAACCACACACAGUCCGUUCUCCUGGCAGGUUUACGGAAAUAUGUGCUCUAUGAGCUCCAGGUGCUGGCAUUCACACGCAUUGGAAAUGGAGUCCCGAGCUCUCCUCCCAUUUUAGAGCGAACGAAGGAUGAUGCUCCAGGGCCACCUGUAAGACUUGUGUUUCCUGAAGUGAGGCUGACCUCAGUGAGGAUUGUGUGGCAACCACCAGAGGAACCAAAUGGGAUUAUUCUGGGGUAUCAGAUUGCGUAUCGUCUUGCAACCAGCAGUCCCAAUAAGUUUACCACUGUUGAAGUUGGCUCUACUGUUAGACAGUUCACUGCUACAGAUCUCACUCCGGAGUCAGCAUACAUCUUCAGGGCUUCGGCAAAGACAAGACAGGGAUGGGGGGAGCCUUUAGAAGCCACAGUCAUCACGACUGAAAAGAGAGAUCGCCCAGCACCACCCAGACAUCUUCUGAUUCCCCAGUCAGAAGUAACAUCUCGGAGCCUGCAACUCCAGUGGGUCCCUGGCAGUGAUGGGUCAUCACCAAUACGGUAUUUCACAGUGCAGAUCCGAGAACUACCAGGAGGAGAGUGGCAAACCUACUCCUCAUCCAUCAGCCACGAGGCCACAGCCUAUGUUAUUGAAAGAUUGAAUCCCUUCACCUCCUACAAGCUCCGCCUGAAAGCAACAAAUGACAUUGGUGACAGUGACUUCAGUGCUGAGACAGAGGCAGUAACUACACUACAAGAUGUUCCUGGAGAACCUCCGAGUUGUGUUUCAGUGACACCUCAUACCACUUCUUCUGUCCUGGUCCAAUGGCAGCCACCAAGGGAUGAGAGUCUGAAUGGCCUUCUGGUGGGGUACCGAAUCUAUUAUCGGGAGCUGGAAUAUGAAGCUGGACCUGGAACAGAAUCCAAGAGUGUCAAAAAUCCCUCAGCUCUAAGAGCAGAGCUCACACCCCAAAGCAGCUUCAAGACAGUGAACAGCAGCUCUGCAUUAACAACGUAUGAAUUAACACAUUUGAAGAAAUAUAAGCGCUAUGAAGUGAUAAUGACUGCAUAUAAUAUCAUUGGGGAAAGCCCAGCUAGUGCUCCGGUGGAAGUCUUUGUAGGAGAAGCUGCACCAGCAAUGGCUCCACAGAACAUACAGGUGAACCCUCUCACAGCAAGUCAGCUGGAAGUCACAUGGGACCCACCUCCUGUGGAGAGUCAAAAUGGAAUCAUACAAGGAUACAAGAUUUAUUACUGGGAGGCAGACAGUCAGAAUGAAACUGAAAAUAUGAAGGUCCUUUUUCUGCCAGAGACUGUGGUCAAGCUGAAAAACCUGACCAGUCACACGAAAUACCUGGUCAGCAUAUCUGCCUUCAAUGCAGCUGGAGAUGGGCCCAAGAGUGAACCCAGACAGGGUAGAACACAGCAAGCUGCACCUGGUGCUCCCAGUUUCCUGGCAUUCUCAGAAAUAACUUCUACUACUCUUAACAUUUCCUGGGGAGAACCAGUGGCAGCAAAUGGUGUCCUGCAGGGUUAUCGAGUGGUCUAUGAGCCCUUAGCACCUGUCCAAGGAGUGAGCAAAGUGGUGACUGUGGACAUUAAAGGAGGUUGGCAGCGCUGGUUGAAGGUGAGGGAUCUCACAAAAGGAGUAACCUACUUCUUCCGAGUGCAGGCGCGCACCAUCGCCUAUGGACCUGGACUACAGGCCAACAUCACAGCUGGCCCAGCAGAGGGAUCUCCUGGCUCUCCUCAAGAUGUUUUGGUUACAAAAUCAGCUUCUGAACUAACUCUCCAAUGGACAGAGGGAAAUUCUGGAGACAGACCUACAACAGGCUACAUCAUAGAGGCACGGCCUUCAGAUGAAGGCCUAUGGGAUAUGUUUGUGAAGGACAUCCCUCGAAGUGCUACAUCCUACACUGUGAGCUUGGACAAGCUCCGGCAGGGGGUGACCUAUGAAUUCCGAGUGGUGGCAGUAAAUGAUUUUGGCUAUGGAGAACCUAGCAGUCCCUCUAUAGCUGUAUCAGCCCAAUCAGAAACUCCAUUCUAUGAGGAGUGGUGGUUUCUUCUGGUGAUGGCCCUUUCGAGUCUGAUACUCAUCCUGCUCAUUGUGUUUGCCUUGGUCUUGCAUGGACAGAAUAAGAAGUACAGGAACUGCAAUACGGGAAAAAGCAUCUCCAAUAUGGAAGAAUCAGUUACUCUGGAUAAUGGAGGGUUUGCUGCCCUGGAGCUAAACAGCCGCCAUCUCAGCGUCAAGAGCACUUUCUCCAAGAAGAAUGGCACCAGAUCCCCUCCCCGACCAAGUCCUGGUGGUCUACAUUAUUCUGAUGAGGAUAUCUGCAACAAGUACAAUGGAGCAGUGCUAACUGAGAGUGCAAAUCUGAAGGAGAAAUCUGUAGAUGCAUCUGAAUCUGAGGCCACAGACUCCGAUUAUGAAGACGAACUGCCAAAGCAUUCCUUUGUUAACCAUUACAUGAGCGACCCUACCUACUAUAACUCUUGGAAGCGCCAGGCAAAGGGGGUAAAGCACCCGGCUGCAUACAGAUAUGAAGAGUGUGCGGCCAAUGAGACUGAACCCUACUUCCAGACUGUCAUCACCACACAGAGUGCAGGGGGCGUAUACACCCCGACGGGACAACAGGCCCCGGGUUCUCGGACUCCAGUUACAGGUUUCUCUUCAUUUGUCUGACGCUCUAAAGGCUACAGCACAGUGGGAACUCCCACCGACAUUGGGGUGACCCAGCACAACAUCUGGGUGGGUGGCUGGUGCAGUGAACUGUGGGUAAAUUUCUCUAUCAGGGUAGAAUGGAUGUGAACAUUAAUAUGUCUAUUUUUUUGAAGACAAUCAACUCCGACAACAGAGCUGAAGUUUUGUUUAAAAACAGUUCUGAUAAGUGACAACUUUAGCCACUUGUGAAUAGUAGGAUUUCAGUUGGAAGUUUUUUGUUGUUGUUGUUGUUUUAAAAGUGCUUUUUGUAACACCACUGCAAGAAGCAGCUGCCUUUUCCUUUUCUUUUUUCUUUUCUUUUCUUUUUAAGAGAAGGCAUAUUUCAUCGGUGCAGUGGCUUGGCACCUUUGAGACUUCAAAAGAUUUAACAACUUUCCAUUUCUCCAUCUUAAAGGCCAGGUAGGAAUGAUGAAGUGUGAAAAGAGGAUGGAGCUGUGUGUGAAAUAUUAGGACGGACUCCUAGCCUACUACUUUCUCCAUUCUACCUCCUCUGUAGGAGAAGAAGCUGGUUCACAUGAUUCUCCAUGGUACGACAGCCUUGCUGCACUCUUGGUGUUUUGAUAAUGAAUAUUUUCCCUGUGCUUGGUUCUGACAUUCACACCAAGCCCCAGCCCCAAUCCAUUCCUAAAAUACUUCCACUUGGAAGUUUCUAGCAGAGAAAAUGUUUGAAGGCUUUGUUCCUGGCAUGAGAUAAUACAAAUGGAAAGUCAUUCCAAGGUGGUAUCAUUUUGACCCUGUUGUGGGUCAGGUCCUUCCCUGCAUGGGCCAUCCCAGUGGUAAUUUAACAAACAAGCAAACAAGGGCCACAUGAUGGUACAGGAAAUGUGACCUGAGAUUAGUUGGCAACCACCCAGUCAUGGGAGCUUACGAAACUGCUUCCAUCCCACAGAGGCAAAAGGCAUGCAGCCUUCCCUUGUUAAACCAGGCAGAAAGACAACAUUUCCAGAAUUGCCUGGCACUUGAGAAGGAGGAGUCCAAGAAGGUUUUUUUUAAAACCAUUUUUUUUAUAUGUCACACUAAAUGAGUGAGUCUUUGGUGUUUCCAGGUGCCUUUUUCUUAAUUGUUCAGCUUUGUACAUGGAAAAGCUAGUGUGUCUCCAAAUAAAGCAAAACAGCUUUUGAAAAAAGCAAGGUUGUGAAUUACCUCCUGCACAGUUGAAGGCUCCUUUGGUGCACUCCAGCUCCAGUCCUUGUUGUUGUUGGGUUUUGGGUUUUUGUUGUUGUUGUUGCUCUCUUUUUAAGUAAGAUCUUGCUUUUCAUUUCUUUUGUGUCCUCUGCCUUCUUGACCUCUGGAGCUGCUGUCAGUUCCUCAAAGAACCAAGGUCAGCUCUCAACCUAUUAAGAAUGGUUAUUAAGUUUGGGGUUUUUUUUUGGGGGGGGAGGGUUGUGUGUUUUUGUUAUUGUGGUUCUAGUUGGAAUAACCCCAGGGGAAACAUUCUGGAACUACUAGGAAAACUCCUAGCUAGACUAGGAUCCUAUCAGAUUAUUUUUACAGCAGGUGUCUGAAAACCACAGAACAAUUCGUUGCCUGUUGGUUUCUAUUCUAGCAGUAGCCUGAAUGUUGUCAUUUCCUCAUUUCCUGCUACUGUGUGUGUAUGUGUAUGUGAGUGUAUGUGUGUGUGAGACCCUCCCUGGCCACUGGGCACCAACAAGGUUAGAAUUGCCUGGGCUCCUGGAAAUCCCCUAGAGAGAAGGACCAGGAAAUAGAACUAAGACAGCUCUUGUGGGUUGUCAGUAUCCCUUGAGGGCAGAUCCAGAACUUAUAGAAAACUCUUAUUCACCACUUAUAUACCACUGCCCAGCCUUGAAGGCACACUGACUAACCAGACAGUGUCUGGCACUACCAGGGAGCAGUUCUCCUAACCCCACAGGGAAAAAUUCAUGGCUUGUAACCCUUUCCCUGCCUCCCUGGAGCAGGAGGGAAUAGUUUUCUAAGCGAAGGUUCAUGGCCAGCUACCAGUUACUGUAGAAAGCACUGUUGGGGAAAGAGAAUUCUUGGAUUGGGUAGGUCCUUCUUUAGUUAUUCUAAGUUGGGCAGAGAGAGGGAAGAGGCUGUAGUGAAGGAAACACUUUUAAGUGAAAAUUUUGGCAGCUGGGGAACAAAAAAUUCUAAACUCUAAACCAAAAAUCCUAAAAGGUCUGUCCAAAGGCUUUUCAACAUGAGAUAGCUACCCACAGUUCACUGUCCAGAAAAUUACUCAGAAGUCAUGAGCUACAAGGUCCUGGGUCCUUUCUGGCCCACUGGCGGCCACAAGACAGCCACAAGACAAAACCACGAGACAACUUGAAAUUUUUUUGAAGAUGAAUACAGAAAUAGAGAACGUGGACAAAACCACUGCCUUUUGUGCACUUUGACUGCUCUCUUAAGCCAUAUGGACAUUGCUUUAAUUAAUGAACAAAGAAAAAAAAGUUUGAAAUGUGUUAGUUUGGGGAUGAUUUGGUUGGGUUUUUAAAAAAAAUUCAGUGAAAAUAUAACAGGUGUUUUUUGGGUUCAUGGUGUUUCUUGUAUCUUAUCUAUUUUUAGUAAUUUUUUUUUUGUAUAGAAUUGUUUGUACAAUGUAGCCACCGUGGCACUGUGAUCACUGUCAGGAUAUUACUGUCUGCACAUGACUCAACCACUUUCGGGGACAAUGGAUUAGAAACAGGUUUUAUAACCCAGAAGGGUCAACUAUGCCCAAUGGAUAGAAUCAGCCCCAACUUAGGAUAGAACUUCUCAGAGCAAUGUGGUCACUAGGAAGUGGCCACUCUCACCUGAAGAACAGAAAAUUAUCACUCAAGAGGGAUGGAUGGUGGGUUUAAUGCUUUACUCUAAAAGAAGAAGAAAAGAAUUUUAUAGGUAAAGAUUGAGGAAAUGUUUCCUUCUCACAUUCUUCUGUAAUGCUAGAAAAUAUCAUGUUUGUCAGUAGAAAUGAACUCUCCCCAAUAAAGACCUCGAAUGAGCUUAUUUUAAGAUUUUUAACAUCCAGUAGGAGGUGUCCUUUGUACAUGAAGAUUAUGCUACUCACCAUCAAGAAAACAUGCACUCUUAACUGUUUUUCUACGAAUGGAGAUACCUAUGUACUCCACCAUCUGUACUUUCCCACCUGAUUCCCCUUAUUUGAUGCAGGUUUGCCUGAUAGAUAACUAGAGUUAGAAGUAUGAUCCAGGACCACAGAAGAGUUUUUAUUAGCACCAAAUUUCUUGGUGCCCUUAGAAAUUGAACAUGUGCCCUUGGUUCUUAGCACUAAUUUCAAGCCAACUAAACCAAACAGUUCCACCCCUUCCUUCAGCUUAUCUGAUCUCCCUGUCUUUAAAAGAAAUCUAUUCAACAUCAUGUCAAAAGAGUAUGAGAUGGUGGAUGAUCCAGGAGUCUAGUCCUAAUAACUAAUGGAUAAGAGAGGCCUGUGAAAGCACACAGCCUGCUGUCAUGGAAGCAUUCACAUAGAUGCCACCAGACAUGUGUGCUCACUUUGUAAACUUUUUUAAUGCAGUGCUUGUAUUUGACUCUGAUUGGACCAUAGCAUGGUUUUUGCAUCAAUGAUUUGUAGCAUGAUUUUCAUUUCUUAAAAAUUCUUAGCACACAAUGUAGUUAUUCUCCCAACUCACAAUCCACAUAUUUAAAUGUGAUUCUUCAUUAACUAUCACCUCAUCUCUGUAGUGUGAACUGGGUCAAAAGGUGGGAACAAUGUAAAGCAUUGCUAGUCAGCCCCAAUGAUAAGCAGUUCAGUUACUUUUCAUUCCUAGGCCUACCAUGUAUCUCCCAUCCUCACCCCAUUCAUGAAUAGUUUGAAAUCAAUCUGGAAAUUAAGAGACAAAUUUAUAAAGGUUUCCCUGCAGUGUUCCCUGUGGUUGUGCAGAAAACCAGAUCUCAUUAAACACACACACACACACACACACACACCACACACUCCACAAAACUAAUCUAUAUGAAGACAGAGAGGUGCUAUGGGUACAAUUUUAAUAAAAAUUUGUUUUUCCUUAAA